GCGUCAGACUGGUCGUGGGGCUGGCCGUGGAGCUGGCCAUGGGACUGGCCGUGGGGCUGGCUGUCGGGCUGGCCGUGGGGCUGGCCGUCGGGCUGGCAGUCGGGCUGGCCGUCGGACUAGUCGCGGGGCUGGCAGUCGGGCUGGCCGUUGGGCUGGCGGUCGGGCUGGCCGUGAGACCGGCCGUGGGGCUGGCUGUAGGGGUGGUCGCGGGGCUGGCCGUCGGGCUGGAAGUGGGGCUGGCCGUCAGAAUGGCCGCAGGGCUGGCCAAGGGGCUGGCGGUCAGGCUGGUCGUCAGGCGGGCCUUUGGGCUGGCAGCCGGCCAGGCCGUGGGGCUGGCAGUCGGGCUGGUCGUCGGGCUGGCCGUCGGGCUGGCCGUGGGGCAGGCCGUCGGGCUGGCCGUGGUCGGGCUGGCCGUGGGGGUGCCGGUCGGGCUGGCCGUGGGGCUGGCCGUGGGGCUGGCCGUGGGACUGGCCGUGGGGCUGGAAGUCGGGCUGCCCGUGGGAUUGGCCGUGGAGCUGCUCGUGUGGGUGGCCGUGGGGGUGGCCGUGGGGCUGGAAGUCGGGCUGGCCGUGGGGCCGGCCGUGGGGCUGGCAGUCGGGCUGGCCGUCAGGCUGGCCGUGGGCCUGGCUGUCGGGUUGGCCGGAGGGCUGGCCGUGGGGCCAGCAGUCGGGCUUGCCGUGGGUCUGGCCGUGGGGCUGGCUGUCAGGCUGGCCGUCGGGCUGGCCGUCCGGCUGGCCAUGGGGCUGGCCGGGAUGGCCGUGGGCUUGGCCGUGGGGUUGGCAGUCGAGCUGGCCGUCGGGCCGGCCGUGGAGCUGGCCGUGGGGCUGGCCGUGGGGCUGGCCGUGGGGCUGGCAGUCGGGCGGGCCGUGGGGCUGACAGCCGGCCAGGCCGUGGGGCUGGCAGUCGGGCUGGCCGUCGGGCUGGCCGCCAGGCUGGCCGUGGGGCUGGCCGUUGGGCUGGCAGUCGGGCUGGCCGCGGGGCAGGCAGUCGGGCUGGCCGUCGGGCUGGCCGUGGGGCUGGCAGUCGGGUUGGCCGUGGGGCUGGCCGUUGGGCUGGCAGUCGGGCUGGAAGUCGGGCUGGCCGUGGGGCCGGCCGUGGGGCUGGCAGUCGGGCUGGCCGUGGGACCGGCCGUGGGGCUGGCAGUCGGGCUCGCCGUCGGGCUGGCCGUUGGGCUGGCAGUCGGGCUGGCCGUCGGGCUGGCCGUGGGGCUGGCGGUCGG